CUGGCGCGGUGCGACGCACUACUUAUUCGUCAUUUCCGCCUAGGGUGCAAGAGGCGGGAGAGUGAGGGAAAGACUGGAAGACGAGCCUGCAGGAUGUUUCCUCGGUGAAGGGAAGGUGGUUGUACAAUGGCGGUGUUUGACACUCCUGAGGAGGCUUUUGGCGUCUUACGUCCAGUCUGUGUUCAGCUCACAAAGACCCAGACAGUGGAGAAUGUGGAGCAUCUGCAGACACAGUUACAAGCCAUAAGUGACACUGCCCUCCAGGAACUACAGCAGUACAUUCUCUUCCCCUUGCGAUUUGCCCUGAAGACCCCAGGGCCCAAAAAAGAGCGUUUAGUGCAGAGCGUGGUGGAAUGCCUCACCUUUGUCCUGUCCUCAACAUGUGUGAGAGAGCAGGAGCUUCUCCAGGAGCUCUUCUCGGAACUUUCCGUCUGUCUGUACUCUCCCAGCUCCCAGAAACCCGCAGCCUUGUCAGAGGAGUUGAAAUUGGCUGUGAUCCAGGGACUUAGCACCUUAAUGCACUCAGCUUACAGGGACAUCAUUCUGACUUUUUAUGAGCCCUCCAUUCUGCCUCGUUUAGGAUUUGCUGUGUCUUUACUGUUGGGCUUGGCAGAGCAGGAGAAGUCAAAACAGAUUAAAAUUGCUGCCUUACAGUGUCUACAGGUUCUCCUCCUUCAGUGUGAAUGUCAGGACCAUCCGAGGCCCUUGGAUGACCUGGAGCAGCAGCAGCUGGGGGAUUUGUUGGCAUCUUUCCUACCUGGAAUCUCAACUGCACUGACCAGAGUCAUCACAGGAGACUUUAAACAAGGUCACAGCAUUGUUGUGUCUUCUCUCAAGGUCUUUUACAAGACUGUGAGCUUCAUCAUGGCUGAUGAACAGCUCACAAGGAUCCCAAAGGUCCGAGCAAAGCCUGCAGUUGAGCACAAAGUGGCAGCCCUGAUGAUUCACAGAGAAGCAGACUGGGUAAAAAGUACUGGUGACAAGUUGGCGAUUCUUAUUAAAAAGAUAAUUGACUGUGUCUCUGUUCACCCACACUGGAAGGUGAGGCUGGAACUGGUAGAGUUUGUGGAGGUCCUGCUUUUGAAGUGUACUCAGUCCCUGGUUGAAUCCACAGGUCCCCUCUUGAAGGUGUUAGUUGGCCUAGUGAAUGAUGAAAGUCCUGAAGUCCAGGCCCAGUGCAAUACAGUGCUAAGGCGUCUUGCAGAUCGGAAAGUAGUAGUGGGCAGCAGAGCCUUGGCUGACAUCUUGUCAGAAAGCCUGCAUUCACUGGCCACGUCUCUUCCCCGCCUGAUGAACACACAGGAUGAUCAGGGAAAAUUCUCUACCCUUUCUCUGUUACUUGGGUAUCUGAAACUGUUGGGCCCCAAAGUACAUGUGAUUCUCAAUUCUGUGGCCCAUGUGCAGCGCCUUUCCAGGGCCCUCAUCCAAGUACUGGAGCUAGAGGUGGCUGAUGUCAAGAUGGUGGAAGAGCGGCGCUGGAACUCUGACAACCUGAGUGCUUCUGCAGAGGCUUCAGCUGCUCGGCCAUGGAGCAGAAUCCAGAGGCGAUACUUCCGAUGCUUCACUGAUGAAAGAGUCUUCCUGCUCCUCCGGAAAAUCUGUCAGCUCCUGGGUUACUAUGGGGACCUGUAUCUACUUGUAGACCACUUUCUGGAACUGUACCGUACAUCUGUAGUUUUCCGGAAGCAAGCUGCCAUGAUUGUGAAUGAACUGGUGGUAGGGGCUGCUGGACUGGAUGUAGAAGAUAUUCAUAACAAAUGUACAAGCACGAGCCUAGAGGAAUUGAGAGAGAUUGUGAAAUCUAUCCUAGAGGAAUACACAAGCCAAGAAAACUGGUAUCUGAUUACCUGUAUUGAAGCUGAGGAGGAGGAGGGGAUGGUGAUGAAGCAGCAAGGCCUCCAGGCUGUCACAUCUGGUGUCCACACCUGCCAAGUUGUAUCUUUUCCAGCCCUGUCAAAGUCGAGUCCCACUAUCUGCUCCAUGAACAGUAACAUCUGGCAGAUAUGCAUUCAGUUGGAAGGCAUCGGCCAGUUUGCUCAUGCAUUAGGAAAAGACUUUCGUUUGCUUUUGAUGUCAGCUCUCUAUCCAGUCCUGGAGAAGGCGGGAGACCAAACCUUGCUCAUUAGUCAAGUGGCUACUAGCACCAUGGUAGAUAUUUGCCACGCUUGUGGCUAUAACUCUGUACAGCACCUCAUCAAUCAGAACUCAGACUAUUUGGUGAAUGGAAUCUCCUUAAAUCUGCGCCACCUCACUCUGCACCCUCAUACCCCUAAAGUCCUAGAAGUCAUGCUCCGGAACUCAGAUGCUAGCCUACUUCCUUUGGUAGCAGAUGUGAUUCAAGAUGUCUUGGCCACUCUGGACCAAUUUUAUGAUAAGAGAGCUGCUUCCUUUGUCAGCGUUCUGCAUGCUCUGCUGGCAGCAUUAGCACAUUGGUUCCCAGAUGCGGGUUCCACUGGGCAAUUCCAGCAGCGCAGUUUAAAAGAGGAGGGGCAGCAACUGGCAGCAGCUGGCGAGGCUAGCGCCACAGCUCAGGACAUCGAGCAGUUUGUGCUGAGCUACCUCCAAGAGAAGGACGUGGCGGAAGGGAAUGUUGCUGACCUUGAAGCUGAAGAAGAGGAGCAGUCAGCCCCUCCCAAAGUGGAUGAGAAUGACACCCUUCCAGAUGUGGAGCCACCACUGCCAGUGCACAUCCAGAUAGCCAAGGACGUGAUGGAGCGCUGCAUCCACUUGUUAUCAGAUAGAAAUCUGAAAAUCCGCCUGAAGGUCUUGGAUGUGCUGGGUUUGUGUGUGGAGGUUCUACAGACCCAUAAGAACCAGCUCCUUCCCCUGGCUCAUCGGGCCUGGCCUUCACUCGUGCACCGACUCACAAGUGAUGACCCCCUGGCAGUGCUCAGAGCAUUCAAGGUUUUACAGACACUUGGAAGCAGAUGUGGAGAUUUUCUACGGAGCAGGUUCUGCAAAGAUGUCCUGCCAAAAUUGGCCAGCUCCUUAAUCACCCAGGCCCCCAUCAGUGCCAGGGCUGGACCAGUUUAUUCUCACACACUGGCCUUCAAGCUACAGCUGGCUGUCUUGCAGGGCCUGGGCCCCCUCUGUGAAAGUCUGGACUUGGGUGAGGGUGACCUGAAUAAAGUGGCUGAUGCCUGCUUGAUUUACCUCAGCACCAAACAGCCCAUGAGAUUACAAGAGGCCGCCCGGAGCGUCUUCCUCCACCUGAUAAAAGUAGACCCAGACUCCACCUGGCUUCUCCUGCACGAACUGUACUGUCCUGUGCAGCAAUUCACAGCCCCGCACCCCAGCCUUCACCCAGUACAGCUGCAGGGGGCCACUAAGCCACAGAACCCCUAUGCCACCAAUGUGUGCCACCUGCUUCUUCAACUGCAGUGAUCCUGCCAGACUUUGCCAGCCAUGCCAGCCAGAAGUUGAGCUGAGCCGCCCCUGCUGGAUAUAGUUGCAGCAGCACAGCGGUGAAGGUGGAUUAGACGGCGAUCCGUGUAUAAAGUGAUCAAUCACACAACUGCUUAGAAAUUGGACUGAAAGGGCUGGUGAGAUGGCUCAGCAGUUAACACUAACUGCUCUCCCGGAAGUUCUGAGUUCAAAUCCCAGCAACCACACGGUGGCUCAUAACCAUCUGUAAUGAGAUCUGAUACGCUCUUCUGGUGUGUCUGCAGACAGCUACAGUGUACUUGCAUACAAUAAUAAAUAAAUCUUAAAAAAAAAAGAAGUUGGACUGAAGGAAAAGUAGCUUACUGUUAUUUAUAUUUCACUCUUUGUGUUUUCAGAUGACAUUGUCUGGUGGCUCUAAGAGUUUAACUCCUUAGCCUACUGUUCUGCACAGCCCCUCUGCCUCACAGGUCCCCUAAACACACACACACAAACACACACACACACAUCCCUUGUGCUCCACACCCAAGUUCGAUUCUCAUCACCCAUUAGUAGCUGACAACCAUCUGUAACUCCAGCUUCAAGGGCUCCAACCCCCUCUUCUGACCUCAAGCACCUGACUUGCACAUGGUGCAGACACGCUCAUGAGCCUCUUAUAAGAUAAAUAAAUCUUUUCAAAAAUG